AUGACGGAUAACCGCUUUAUUUAUGAUGAUGAUGCCUCGCAGCCCGGAACGGUCAACCGAUGGGAUGCCCCCACCCCAUACUUUGGUUCACCCGGAUACUCCCUUAGCCCUUCCCCGCAUCGUACCUUGCAGCAGCCGUCAGAUCGACUCGGGUUUCUCCCAUUGGAUGAAUGGGAAGAGGGAGGCGAAUACGACCAACAGCCACCACAAUACGUUUGCUAUACAAUCAAAUGGAAACUUACAAUCAAUCACAAACGGGCAGGUAGUGCGACUGAGAAAGACUUGGUUGUAGCCCCCAGUGAUUACUGGGAGGAGUUUCUAAAAGCGUCUCUUGAAGAUAUGAUACAAGCCAAAAAAAAGGGUAACCAGCGGGUUCGAUACGAAAGCACAGACAUCACGGUAUCAGUUAAUGACAAGACACAGAGUGAUCUUGAACAAUUUUGCAGCACUAAGAAUAUCAAGUGGAAACCAGUGGAGAAUCAGUUGCGUAAAUGGAGCAACCUGCUUCGGAUUGGAAAGAAACUUACAGUUACUAUAGUCUUUAGCUAUACAAAGGAUGAUGAUGAUGACAGUUAUAUGUUAACAUCAAGAAGAGGUGAGAAAAGAGGCCGCAUGUCAAAAACAAAAACAAUGCUUGCUGAACGUGACGCAUAUAUUGCUGCGGAAGAAGAGAGGACUGGAAGGCCAUCAAGCUGGAACCUUGUAUAUGAGCAGAUGCGAUGUAGGGUCAGCGCAUGUCCUUUAAAGUCUGACUGGUGUUGGGAGAAUCCCCAGGACAAAAAGCAUUACAAGCUCACUGCGCGAUAUCUAACGCGGCUCAGUGAUUAUGUUGAUGAUGGUGGCAAACUAGAGGGUCAUGAUGACGUCCCUGACGAUAUCCGUCGGGACCUGAUUCUGGAGAGCCAAGGGGGAAGAAACUUGAAAAAAGCUAAUAAUAACAUGCCAUCAACAGAAAUGCCGUAUCAUCCAAUCAGCAUUAAUGUUCUGCCAGCACAGACGGCAGCGGGCGGUUCCAUGGUACCAGCACCACCGCCCAGUCUUUCAUCUACCAAUAACCGUCUGGUAAUCCCCGGGCCUGGAGCUGUGAGGGAGUAUUCGAACUGGCUGGAAUCACGGGUUACAGAAGAAGCGUACAAAGCUGAUAUCCGAAGAGCAUGCCAAGUAACACUGGAAAAUCUCAUGGACCUCGAGCUAAUCAACGAGGCUCCCGACCCCAGCUUUUUUAUUGAACAGGGAGUUAAAAAGGGAACUGCUCUUCGUUUUAUUCGUGAUAUCCAUGAAUGGUCCACCCUUAAAGCAAGCGUGCCGUCUCGUGAAUGCUGA